UCGCGCCGCGGCGCAGAGAGGGGUGGGGCGCGUGACGUCACGGGGCGGGGCCGGGGCCGCGGGCGCGGGGCCAGUCCCCGCCGCCCUUCCCGCCCCUCCCCGCCGGGCGCCGAGCCCGGACGUGCGGCCCUUCCGGGGGCGAGGCCCGCCCGCCGCCGCGGCUGCCCAUGGAGGCCGAGGCCGAGGCGCGGCUCCUCUUGCAGGAGGCUCAGGAGAGCAUCGAGGCGGCGCGGAGCUACCGGCGGGAGCUGGAGCAGCGGCUGCGGGGGCUGCAGCAGGCGCGGGAGCAGAUCAGAGAAAGUGCAACAUUGACCAGAGAUGUGCUUGAGCAACAUUUUAAUGAUUUGAAAGGGACCCUGAAGAAGCUGUUGGAUGAGCGACUGAUGUCACUGCUGCAGGAAGUGGAUGCCAUAGAGCAAGAGAGCAUCAAACCCUUGGAUGAAUGCCAGAAGCUAAUAGAGCACGGAGUCAGUACAGCCGAUGAUCUGCUCCGGGACGGAGAGAGUGCAGUCCGUGGAGAUGUGGGACAACGGAACGAGAAACUGUGCAGCUUUACAAAAAAAGCUUUACACAUUCAGCUGGAUAGCUUACCAGAAGUGCCCUCCUUGGUUGACGUGCCUUGUUUAUCUGCCCAGUUGGAUGACUGCCUUCUUACUAUAUUGAAAAAUCAAAUAUUCAGCCAUGGAACUGUGGCAUCUCGCCCACCUGUACAGCUAGAGGAGUUCGUUGAAAAGCCUGGAGGUAUUUUAGUCCGAUGGUGUAAGGUGGAUGAUGACUUCAUACCACAGGAUUACAGACUACAAUAUCGUAAGAGUACUGCUAGUCACUUUGAAGAUGUGUAUGUCGGCUCUGAGACAGAGUUCAUUGUGCUGCACAUUGAUCCUAACGUUGAUUACCAGUUCAGAGUCUGUGCCCGAGGAGAUGGACGGCAAGAAUGGAGUCCAUGGAGUGUUCCUCAGUUUGGCUGUACCACGCUCGUUCCCCAUGAAUGGACAACGGGUUUGGAGGGUUACAGCUUGAGCAGUCGAAGAAACAUAGCACUUCGAAAUGAUUCUCAGUCAUGCGGUGUGCUCUACUCCAAAGCUCCUACAUAUUUCUGUGGGCAAACAUUAACAUUCAGGAUUGAAACCGUGGGACAGCCAGACAGGCGAGACAGCCUCGGAGUGUGUGUGGAGCAGCAGAACGGCUAUGAUUCUUUGCAGCGGGAUAAAGCUGUGUGCAUUAGCACAAACGGGGCAGUAUUUGUAAAUGGAAAAGAGAUGACAAACCAACUGCCUGCUGUAACUUCUGGCUCGACUGUGACGUUUGACAUGGAAGUUGUGCAGUUGGGCCCUUGCAGCAACGAGGGAGGAAACUUCAAGCUUCGAGUCACCAUUAGCUCUAACAACAGGGAAGUCGUCUUUGACUGGGUACUUGAUCGGUGCUGUGGCUCUUUGUAUUUUGGAUGUUCAUUUUCAUACCCAGGCUGGAAAGUUUUGGUGUUUUAGCAGUGAGUGAAGGGACUUUUGUUCUUGCUACAAAGUGUAAUGUUAAAUGUGGGUUUCCAGCUGUUUGACAUCAACGGUCUGUUAACAAAAACUUGUCUUUAUGCUACUUGAACUCCACUAUAUUGUACUUCCUACUGGAUUCAUUUCAAAAAAUAAUUGUGAAACAUUGGAUCUGUUACUCUGGAAAAAGUUAGAAACAGGCAUUUGCGUAGGCAGAUUAAUUUAAGCAGUCCGUAGGACCUUUCCCUUUUUCCUCCAGACUUGAUUUUUGUCAGUAUUUCAUUGUACUCUAGUCUCAGGGUACGCGUGUUGUGUAGAAUUAACUUUGCUUAAUGCUGCUGUUCUGUGAAAUAAGCCUGAAAACAUUUAGGGGGGUGGAGGGGUGGUAACGGACCAAAGUUUCAUUUAUACCACUCAAAAAUGAGCAAAGUAUUUAGAGCAGUGACGUCCUGCAACACUUCCUUGUACACAAUGCUGCCUUAAUAGUAUGAAUGGAGAGUGGUUCCGCAUGCAACAGCCAUUUCUUCCAUGCACGGUACUGUUCAUUCCUCCGGAGCAAGGAUGUCUGAGCCAGAAUGUCUGUUUUAGGAUGUAGCCAGUCUGUUAAUGUCUCAAUGAAGUGCCUUAUUUCCAGAUAUUUCUUUAAGUGUUUUCUGUGUUGUCACUUGGAAUAUAUUUCCCAGAGUAGCUGCAUGGUGAUGCUUACACCGGCUUCACAUGGAUGCUUGUCUCAGACUAGAGCAAUACCCAGAGUAGGACAGUUACCUGUAUCUGCUCCGAAUGUCCUCCCUGGUUACAGUUUAGCCUGUGUCAGACCAAGUCGUAGCAUUUCGUACUUCGGCAUGACGUGCAGAUGGCAGCCGUGACUCCUCACAGAGCCCUUGUAAGGCCCAGAGACAACCUUCUUUCUGUUCUGCGGCAGAGGCAAGGGAAGGGCUGUUCUGCUGUGCGGGAUUCCUGAAAGUCCCAGAGAUGGGCCCGGGAACGUGUUGCGUUCACCUGCAGUGGCGCAGGUUUGUGGUCGAGGGCACCGAUGCAGGCGGGGAGCGCUGCUGGGGACCCACCUUGGGAGACAGCAGCAUGGCCAGACCCCACCAGCAGAUGUAACCUGUGGCAGUCAAAAUGGAGCAAUGAUGGUAAUUUAGCCCUCUCCUCCGUGCGGUAGGAUGGGAUAAGAUAGCAUUAUGAAUCAAUUGAUUCCUAUGAAUCAAUUGAUGAAUGAAUUCGGAAGUUACGUAAAAAGUUUCCACUAUUUCCCCUAAGGAACAACUAAGACUUAGAAUGACCUUAUCAAAGAGCCUAUUCCCGGUCAAAAGAUUGCAAUACUACUGGAUUUAAAGAGUAUUUUAAAGUAAUGCUCAAUGAGGGCCUUAAAAGGGACCUUCUUACCUCAAGUUCAAUUAAAAUUAAAUAUAUUUUAGCACGUUAGAAUAUCAAUAUUUUUAUAAAACCUUGACAAUCAUUCUUCCCUUUUUUCUUCAGUGUCAACAUGCUACAUUAGCCCUCUAUGCUGGCCUCAAAAGCUUAAUUUACAUUAGGUUAAUAUUGCCCAUACUCACGUUGUCAGAACAAAAAGAUUAGCAUGCAUUUUUUCCCCAAGCAUCUGUAAUAGGGGGACAGGAAUUUCAGAAGAGAAUGACAGUUGAUAUUUAUACCAUUUACAAGAAAAAAAAUUGUGAGUAGAUUCAGAGGGACACAAAGAACUUGCACAUGGUAGAAGGAGGUUAAGAGGGGAAGUGAGGAAGACGGGACACCUGCAGGUGAGAUUAUCCAGUGUUAGCAACAAAAAGCCUGCAGUAUUCUCAGUUUUUCAAGCUAAACUGUUUCACUGUUAGGGAGUAAAAGAAUACUAGCUUAUCUUGUACUUUCAGUGUUCCUUUGAAUUAUCCUGUGAAGAGUAUUUUCAAUAAUCUUUAAACGUUCUUUUCCUGUCUGCUGACAGAGCAGUGCCAGCCCUGAUGGGAGCGCGCCCGGCUGCUGCUCCAGCAGCAGCAGACUGAAAUCCUGCUCCAUUGCCUCGUGCUGGUAAUUUUACUUACACACUUCAGGUGUGAGGUAACUACUUGUGAGGUAACUACAAGGUACUACUUGUAACUUAGUACUUUUACCAAAUGGAAACGAAAAUUGUGAAUAUCUACACUUGGUGAGGUACCGACGGGUCAGGUACCUUCUCAUCUGCUCUUGGAGGGACUUCUCAGACUAUUGAUUCUGCAGGAUAUUUACUUACGUAUUAGAAAUUAAGCUUAAGCCUUUAUUCAGGUACUUCCAGAGAUGGUGAUGCCCUGUCAGUUUGUUCCGAAUGCUCACAGAGAGCAGCUUGGGAUGACUCUGAAGGGCUGCGAGGGCCCCUGCUGCUCCCCUUGAGAACAGAGCCUGGCCAUAGAAGAAAUUGGUUUUUUCUGACUUUGGGCUUUAGCUGUAUAUUGAACAAGGGCAGCUCGCCAAUGUUGGGCUGGUGUUUUGGUCUUUUAUUGUGUUGGUUUUGGGUUUUUUUAACUUAGCAUAAGCCUAGCUGUCCAGAUCGCAAAUUAGGUACUGUUCAGACACCUCUAGAGCUGCACCUUUUAAACCUGGGAGGGGUGAAGAGUCUCUCGUCUCUUGCCCUGAGUAAUUAAGUAACAAAGUAUGCAAAGAAUCAGAAAAAGCUUGAAUUAAAAAGGUUGAAAUUCUGUUCUUCCACAGCCAAGUUCAGGUAGGCAGAAAACUUGACACAAUUUUUCACCUCUGGGUAUCGGAGCCUUGCAAGAACAAGUGGUACCUGCUUAUGAAAUCCAACCCUGAAAGUUUUCUUCAACUAGUACAUUCACUUACCUCAACUAAGACUUAUGUGUCAAGUGAAAUUUGAAUUUUUUUUUUAAAUAAAGUUUUAUCCCUUAACUGCG